CGUGUUACGCAAUUUUUUGUUGAUUACUUAGUCGGCAUGGUUACGCGCAGCUUUGAUUUUCAUUUCCCACUCGUGCAAACAUCAACGAGCGUCACAUGUUUCUCGUUGUACUCGGUCUUCGUUAUGACAGCGAACGCGAAUAAAACCAUCUGCCAGUACACUUGUACGUUAUCCAGCGAUGGAGAAGAUGCACGGACGAAAGAUAAGUUCACUAGUGUUUCUAAUAUGCACGAGAUCGACGAGGACAGCGAGACCGAUGAGGAAACUGCUGCUUCGGUGCAAUCGGGAUCUCCGGUCACGAAUGAAGAGAAAGAUACCGUUCAGAGUACGAAGAAUGCGUCGGAGGACGAGUACACGGGUGAGUCUUUCUACUCCGAUGAAUCCUGCGACGAGUCCGAAGUCACCAAAGUAACGUCAGAAUCGCUGGUCAACGAUUCCUCGCCUCUACCAUGCACGGCUCAUCUUCGACGCAACGAGAAUAUAAAGUCUACGGACGCGGAAGUACUUGCGACUUCGAACUCUUUAGAACUGCGUCUGCAGAACGAUGAGUUUGUCUUGGUGAGCGAUGAGCCGCCUAGCGCAAUCAUCACGGAUAGAUUCGUCAAGCCAAGGAAAUGCAAAAGAUGGAACAUGAGCUUCACUGAUGAAGAGAUGCGUAGGAUCGAACGUGAAAAUGAACUGUUACUCAGAAAGAUCAUGGCGCAGCAAAAGUCCCGACACAAGGUCCUCGAAGAACAUAUCGUACAAUCCAGGACUAGCAGCUCUGCAAUAAACAGGAGGAAGUUGCAGAAGAGAAUAGACGAUGAUAAUAUGUUACUUGUCAGGAGAAUACAACAGGCGAAGUCAUGCGUCUUGACAAACGCGUCAAAAAUGAGUUCUAGAUUAAACUUCUUGUAAAGCUCACAGCAUUAAGAAGGAUUUUCUUUCUAUUGAUAUUACCGAGAGUAAGACUAAUAUUUGAUAACCAUGAUUAGAUAAAUCAAUAUUACCUGUAAGCUAGUGGUACAAAUUUAGAGGCUGUGACGUGAUGUACAGUUUCAUUUUUUAAAUAUGCACGUAAAUUUUGAGAUACUAGUGUCGUAUUUGACGAAGAGGAAAGUCGCAGUGUGCGUGGACGCAUCUAUAAUGAGAUCCUUGUAAAGUUUCCAUUUUCCCAUAUAUAAAAUAUUACUGUGUU